AUGCCAGGUGCAGAUGCGCACGUGGCGGUUGUCGGCAGCAACUUUGAGACGAAUUCUUCUAGGCUAUUGGUGGUGGUGCCGGCGCCAGGUGAUGCGGGUGUUUGGGAUCCCACACUUGGAGAGCAUGGGAAAGUUGCGCCAAUGCUGCUCUGGGCAGAGGCCAACAAUUAUGCCACUGCCUUCUUCAGCCACCAGGCCUUGAGCGCAGCUCCGGCAGACACAUGGGACAGAAUUGUCCGUGGAAGCCCAGCCAGGCAUGCUGCUGUGAUCGUUGCCUCCGGCAUGCUUGGCUGCUUGCAAUCAGCUUUGCAGCAUGCGACACAUGGAAGCUUCCACGGCGCGAGUCCUUGCCAGAAGAUGUUGAAGGUGGAGGUUGUUGGGUACCAGUACUUUUUUGAGCUCCUCCGGGACAAGGAGGACAGGUGGCAAUCACUGGAAUUGAAGAAGUACUAUGGCUUCCAGGGUCUAAAGGAAAACGACAUGCCGGGUCUAAAGCGCAUGGGUGUCGACCAACGAGUUCAGCGGUUGGAUCGUGAUCGCAACAACGAUGAGCUGGCACGACUGCUCAAGAAGCAUGAAGAGGCAAAGAGCAAGCCAGAGGAAGGGAGUGACGAGGAGCCAGGUAUUGAUUGA